AUGCAUCCUGAAAAUUUGUUGUGGGUUUGGUUAUGUAAUCUAGUGAUCAAUAAAGAAGAAAAGUACUCAUAUGGUGAUAAGCUGUCCCAGUUGUUGUUGUUUCUUUGCCUAGAAGUUGAGGGUGAAGAAAACUUCCUUUAUCUAAAGCUGGCUUUAAAUCAAAUGAAAUUUCAAAUAAAAAAUCAAAAGUUCUCAAAAGAUGAAAUUUCUGCCCUGAUGGCUUAUAAUCUAGUGUUGGGUGCUAAAGCUAAACCUGCUUGUAACCAGUGCCAGUGCUUGCGUGGCUGUGCCGAGUCGCAGAAUUCAGGACCCACAGAGACUGCAUCAGGCGUUAGUUUCUCUUUCAGAUUUGAAACACAAGAUCUUUUUGAUCCACCUGAAUAUACCUAUAAAGUUAGCAUCUGUGAUAAAAUUGAUGGAAAAGACUCUGGUAUUGGUGCUGUGCAGAUAGAAAAAAAUAAUAUAACUCAUACUAUAGGGAGGUAUGACCAGGUUGAUGUAAUGCGGGGUACUGACUGGAUACUUUUAUCAUAUUAUGGUGGUGAAAAUUAUCAUAAGCACUGCAAUGGAACUGGAAGAGUUACGAAGAUCAUGAUAAUCUGUGAUCCUGAUGUUUUAGCAGGCACUUUUGAAAUUCUAGAAGAAAGACGAUCACUUGUUGGCUCAUGUUACUACAUGUUUGAAUUAAGUAGCAAUGUUUCAUGUUCAAAAAUACCAAGCGGAAUAAAGCUACCAUAUGGGUUGAGCUCUGGAAGUGUGUUUUGUAUUUUAUUUUUUACAAUUGCUUCUGUGUAUCUUAUUUGUGGAUUUUUAUAUAAGAGACUUAUUAUUGGUGCAAAGGGGUUAGAACAAAUUCCUAACUAUUCCUUUUGGCGUGAUUUUGGAAACUUGCAAGCGGAUGGAUGUGAUUAUUUUUGUCGUUGUGGCCCAAGGCAAGAAUCGCAGGCUUAUCGAGGAAUAGAUGAUCAGUUGAAAAUGGAUGAAGAAAGAGAUGAUCAGCUUCUUAAUAUGUGAUAUUUUGAAAAUGGGAUGCCUUAAAUGUGAUGAAAUGUUUUCAUGUGCAACUUUUGGAAAUUUCUUGCAUUACUCAUUUUUUUUUUAAAUCCAAAGAAAUGCUAUAAUAUAUUUAUAUUGCCAUAUUUCAGAACAUUUCUAGUCAUAUUUAAGUUCAUUGUAAGAGUCUACAUUAUAACUCGUACUGAUAAAAUAAAACUCUUUUGUAACAGUAUUAGAAAAUAUGUGCACAGCUAUUUAUAAAAUUAUAUCUGAAAGCAAUAAAAUUAAUUUUUUUACAA